UUCCUCCCGGCUCCCCUCGUCGCCGGUCGAGACGGCGCUCUACAAUUGUCGACAGGUGCUUCUUACUCUAUACUACACCAGCGAUGAGUUUGCUACGAGGAAACACGGGGUCCGUCCUCGGUAAGCGGUCGCACCAGACCACCCAGGUAGAGCAGCCCGACUCGACUUUCUCCGAUCUCGACAAUGCAUUGGCCCUUCCAACCCCUGACCCCACUCCAAAUCCUAAACGCGCAAAAACCACUGGUAGCGUGCUCGACGGAGAUCAUAACAAGGAGAACAUCCCGCCUUUCGUACUUGAAGCGAUCAACGCGUCGGUCCCUUCCAGCCCACGCCGUACUCGUUCAUUGCGCCGUACCAGCACAGUGAUCGAGGGCGGAUCGUCUCUUUCAGGCACGCCUCGGCGUUAUGCGUCGACGUCUAACCUCCGGCAAGCGGUUGUCGCCACUCCGGCGACGUCACUCUCACACCUCUCGCUGUUCACCCCACCCUCGACCCCUCCCUCUCUGCUUCUUCCUUUACAUGUCCGCGCUCGGGCGCUACUCCGUCCUACGUGCAAUGAUGGACCGCAGAUGGCCGGUCGCGAACAAGAGCGGUCUGAGAUCGAGGCCUUCAUCCUCGGUUUCAUCGGCAAUCCUAGCUCCGCCAAGGACGUUUCUGCCUUGUAUAUCUCUGGAUCCCCUGGCACGGGAAAGACCGCGUUGGUCAACGCGACUCUUGCGGACCUCGCUGGCCAGCUUCAGGAUGUUCGGGUCCUAGCUGUCAACUGCAUGGCGCUCGAUGGCGUGGAUGCUGUGUGGCAGCAACUUGCCGAGCUGUUCGGUGCUGGGAACAAGACCCCCGGGCGCGUACGCAAAGCGAAAGACAGUCCGCAGCAGAUUGUGGAGAAGACGUUGUCGUCUAGCAAGCAGAAAUGUCUUGUCGUUUUGGACGAAAUGGACCACGUCGCCUCCUCAGCGCAGGCGCUGUCCCCUCUGUUCAAUCUUGCGCACACAUUCUCCGCAAGCCUAAGACUCAUUGGGAUCGCGAAUACGCACACCCUUACUGCCUCUUCGACCACCUUCUCCCUCCAGUCACUCGCCGGCGUACAGACGCUUCACUUUGCGCCAUACACGCCAGAGCAGUUGCUGAGCAUUCUUCAGUCAAGGCUUGCCCCUCUACUGGGAGAGAAGGAGACUAUGGAGCGUACCAAGAAGUUCUUGCCAACUGCUACGCUCACUCUGCUUGCAAAGAAGAUCGCCGCUCAGACUGGUGAUGUGCGCGCUGUGUUGGAGGUUCUCCGCGGUGCCAUCGACAUCGCAGCCAUCGCUUCUACGUCGGACUCCCUGGAUGGCCCUUCUCCUGCAGUCACGCCUUCCCACAUUCUCUCCGCGCUGAAGGCAUAUGCGCCCGCCGGAAAGACCACUCCGGCGUCUGCUCCGUCCGCCGCUGCCGGAAUCGUUCGCAAGGCUAGCGAUAGUGAAACUGUUAUGAAGGUCCGGGAACUUGGUCUUCAGCAGCGUCUCGUUUUAUUGGCGGCGUUUCUAGCCACGAAGUCCAUUGAAGCCGGCGUCUCAAUCUCCGCUUCCCCCGCUUCGUCUCCGUGUCGUUCUCCGGUAAAGCGCACUCAAUCGUCUUCGACCGCGUCGAGCCUGGAGAUGGGCCAGCUUCACGCGUUCUACACGACGAUUCUUGGACGAGCGGACAGCGGCGUUUUCAAGCCUGUCUCAAGGAGCGAGUUCGGGGAUCUUGCGGGCGUCCUCGAGGUCGUUGGUCUCUUGACGCUGUCGAGCAACAGCAGCAGCCUUCCGUCCACACCUCGCAAGCCGGGCAAGAAGGCGUUCAGCCGCUCAGCGUCCUUCGCUGGUAGCUCCUGCACACAAGAAGUCCGCUUUGUUGAUGGCGUUCGCCUCGACGAGGUCGCUCGUGGUCUCGGUCUCGGUCUUGACGAGGCCCCAGCAGACGCCCGCGAAGAGGAAGUCCGUGCUCUAUACCAACGCGAGCAGGCUCGCAUCGCCCGAGAGGCGAAAGCGCGCGGACACGUCUCUUCGGAAGUCGUUGGUUUCGAGGAGACUAUGGAGGAUUAAGCCUUCGGCCGUCAGUCUCGACCGCCAUCAUCAACGUCGCAGUCAGGGGUCGCCAUGCUUGCCAUCGAAUCAAGACGGCUUCCCUCCCCACAUCUCACUUAUUUCCUCAAUAUUUUCUGUGCUCUGUCAUCACUCAUGCUUGCCAUACUAUCUGUCUCCUCACUUCUCCCGACCUUGUCAUCACACCAUCUCGUACCGUGCUCGCUACAGCUACGUGCUCUGUCCAGUUCGAUCCCACCAUGCCUACAUGUUCUUCUGCAUUGUUUUGUCAUCGCACAUCUAUCUCCCGUCUCAUUCC